CACGACGAACUUAUAUUCCGUUGUUUGUUUGAGCUGUGGGGUACUUUAAUACUGGUAUCGUUACUCUAUACUUCUCCAGUCUUCUUUGUUGAACCCACUUUUAAGGUUCCAACAGUCGAGGUUGAGUUACAUGCUACAAGAAUUGCUCUUACUACAUUCCUUUAUAGUGUUGAAAAACAAUAUGGUGGGUGGCAUUUCAGUUUCGUCGAAGCUCCCUUAUCGAAUUCAACCCCAACCUAUCUCUCCGCUUUUAAAUUUCACUCCACGUCCUUGGCUACCCAAUACCAGUAUUACUAGAAAGAGAGCCUUUUCUUUGGCGCCAAGAAGUUCCUCUUCUUCCAACUCCACUAGUUCCAAUGCCUAUCCCUCUUCAUCCGCUGCUGUAAUUGAUCCACCCAAACCCUUUUCAGGCAAGGCAGAGGCAGAUGUUGUGGUUGUUGGUAGUGGUAUUGGUGGGUUAUGCUGUGCUGGACUUCUGGCCAGAUAUGGCCAAGAUGUUCUGGUUUUGGAAAGCCAUGAUUUGCCUGGGGGCGCUGCUCAUUCUUUCGAGAUCAAAGGCUACAAAUUUGACUCCGGCCCUUCUCUUUUUUCUGGAUUUCAGUCAAGAGGUCCACAGGCCAAUCCUCUGGCACAGGUUCUUGAUGCAUUAGGUGAGUCGAUUCCCUGUGCAACCUAUGACUCGUGGAUGGUAUAUGUUCCUGAAGGUGAGUUCUUGUCACGCAUUGGGCCAACAGAGUUCUUCGAGGAUCUUGAGAAGUUUGCAGGUCUAGAGGCUGCAAAAGAAUGGAGAAAGCUUCUUGAUGCAAUACUUCCUCUGUCUGUAGCUGCAAUGGCUCUGCCACCUCUAUCUAUUCGAGGUGAUUGGGGUGUUCUUUCUACGGCUGCCGCUAGAUAUGCACCUUCUCUGUUGCAAUCCUUUGCUCAAAUGGGACCUCAGGGAGCCUUCGGUGCUACUAAGCUUUUAAGACCUUUCUCAGAUAUCAUUGACUCGUUGGGACUAAAAGAUCCUUUUGUGCGGAAUUGGGUGGAUCUUCUUUCUUUCUUGCUAGCAGGAGUGAAAUCUAAUGGCAUCCUUUCAGCAGAAAUGAUUUACAUGUUUUCAGAAUGGUAUAAACCAGGUUGCUGUCUAGAAUACCCUCUUCAUGGAAGUGGGGCAGUUGUUGAUGCUCUUAUCAGGGGAUUACAGAAGCUUGGUGGACGGAUCUCUCUAAGGAGUCAUGUGGAAAGUAUUGUUGUUGAAGGAGGCCGGGCUGUUGGUGUGAAGCUAAGAAGUGGCCAAAUUGUGCGUGCUAGAAAGGCUGUUGUGAGCAAUGCAUCCAUGUGGGACACACUGAAGUUAUUGCCCAAGGAAUUUGUGCCAAAAUCAUAUGCAGACAAAAUCAAAAGCACCCCACAAUGUGAAUCGUUCAUGCACUUACAUUUAGGAUUUGAAGCAGAGGGCAUCCCUAAGGACCUGGGCGUCCAUCAUAUAGUUGUGAAUGACUGGAAGCGAGGGGUUGACGCUGAUCAGAAUGUUGUUUUAAUAUCUGUACCAAGUGUGCUUAGUCCUCAUGUUGCUCCGCCUGGGAAGCAUAUCUUACAUGCCUAUACUCCAGGAACUGAGCCUUUUGAACUUUGGGAGGGGCUUGACCGCAGAAGCAAAGAGUACAAAGAGCUCAAGGCUGGACGAUCUGAGGUAAUGUGGCGGGCUGUGGAAGGCGCACUUGGUCCUGGUUUUGACCGCGAAAAGUGUGAGGUGAAGUUAGUUGGUACUCCAUUGACACAUAAAAGGUUUCUUCGGAGGGAUAGAGGAACUUACGGACCAGCUAUAGAAGCUGGUAAAGGAACAUUUCCAGGACAUUCUACCCCAAUCCCACACCUCUUCUGCUGCGGUGAUUCUACUUUUCCAGGAAUUGGUGUCCCUGCUGUGGCUGCAAGUGGUGCCAUUGUCGCCAAUUCACUGGUUUCUGUUUCCCAGCAUUCCCAACUUCUUGAUGCUGUAGGAAUAUAGUGACCCGGAAGUUCAUUUCCCUUUUUUUUUUUUUCUCUUUCUUUUCUUGUAGACUUCAAAGAUUAAUGUUUUGAUUUGUUGUAUGUAUGAUCAGUUGUGAUUAAAAUUAUCACAGUUAUGUAUAUUGUAGAUGUAUACUAUGUUAAGUGUGUUAGAUAUGAUGUACUUUACUUCAUGUGAGAUGCAGUGGACAGUAUAGACAAUAAUAA